UGGGCUUUAGAGUACGACUGGGUGGCGCAAAAGUGAUAUAAAUAGCUUCACAUCUUCCCACGAAAUAUCCGACCUCUUCUUUAAUUUUCACAUAUGUCCUGUCAAUCAUGUCUAGUCCCUCACCUUUACAUCCCAUCAACUUCAGUCCAGCCAUGAUGAACAGCCUUUCAGAGGAAACAGCACCCGUCGAGGCUCAGCCUCAGGAAGUUGAGCGGCUCUUUGCUUCUGUCCGCGCCGUCCUCGCCUCGGGGUCCGACAAUGCAAUCUUCACCAUUGGAGGCACCGUGAAGGGCCUUGCUUCCGAUUCCGAAGACGCCGCCGCACCUCAAGUCACGGUUCGUUGGGACUCGAGAGACCAGGCCCACGGUCGGAAGGCGGCUUUCCCAGUCCAGAAGACUGAAGAAGCCCAAGUCGCCUUCGCCCGCCUCGUCGACGACUGCCAGCCAGCUACAUUCGGCCGCAACGAACAGGAGGUCCUUGACGAGACGUACCGGAAGGCGGGCAAGAUGGACGAGACUGCGUUCAAGCACGGCAUCAUUGACACGGUCCUCCAGUCCCUGGCCCGCGUCGACAAGUCAUCCAACGUCAACCGCGGUGUACGAGCCGAGCUGUACAAGCUGAACAUAUACUCUGCUCCAUCGGGCAAGUUCAAGCCCCAUGUGGACACGCCCCGAUCGGAACAGCAGAUGGGUUCGUUGGUCGUGUGCCUCCCGCACCCGCACAAGGGCGGCCAGCUCGCCGUUCGACACCGAGACCAAGAGGUCGUAUAUGACUGGUCAGCCGACAGCCCUGCACGGAUCCAAUGGGCAGCCUUCUUCUCCGACUGCGAGCACGAAGUGCGAGAGGUCACCGAGGGGCAUCGGGUCACUCUCACCUACAACCUGUACUGGACGCCGUACGGCCCGACUUCGAUGGCAGAUCAGAGCGUGGGUCUGGAGGAAGGAUCCCUGCUCUUCUACUCAUCUCUCGAAAGCUUUUACGCUGUCGGGAUUUCCUUCCCAAUGCUUACAUCGGCUACAGGAGGCCGGGUGGGCUUCACUUGUACUCACGCCUCCCCCCACUCGUCCGGAUCGGGAGCCGAAGGCCUCCGUCACGGCCUCAAAGGUAUUGACAUGCUCCUAUACCAAGCGCUGAAGCGUCUUGUUGGGGCCAACGCGGUCCUUAUCCAGACAGCCCUCAAUCUCAGCAACAGUUACUGCUACGGCGAAGAGUAUCGCGAGAACCUUGCGGAAGCAUUUGUCACGAAGCCGGGCUCUCCGAUGGCGUACGAGUCCUGGGAAGAAGAAGAAGAUAUCAGAAAGUUCGGGCGCGAGACUGUGCAUGUGACAUGGCUCAACCACAAGCCCGAUGGAUCGGACAACCGGGAGCUCGCAAUUACGUACAUGGCGCCAUGCUUGUCAUCGUUUUACUCCUCCAUGGUCAUCAUGACAAACCUCGGAAGCUUGUCUGACGAUGGCGGACGAAACGAGUUCCAGGGAGACGUCGAGAGCUUUUCCGACGACAACGACAACGAAUGAACACACUCUGAAGGAGACUAUCAAAUGUACCCUUUCUGACAACGGCGGACGAAAUCAUUUUGAGGUAGAGGGGUGUUGGAGUCUCCGCAACCGUGGCGAUCCAAUCCUGUAUCUGGGGGAUGAAUAUCACAAAAAAGGAACGGAAUUUUGCAGCU